CGAGGCGCGUAUACUCGAACCGAGCCGCACGGCGAUCGGCCUAUAAGCCAAUAUAAAAGCCAACGGAGACGAGCCGAUAGCGUCACAAAUAAUUGCCACGCUGGCCUCGCGAGCACGCGCACCCGCGACGAUUCACCGAGACAGAUUAUCGGCUAGCGCCAUUUGUCCGCGCUCUCCCGGUCGGCCGAAGAAAAGUUUGCCAGCCGAGCGAUAGUUGCUUCCGAGAUGUCGGUCGUCGACGCCAUUUACCAGCGGAUGAGGGACGACACGGAGAUCCAAGCCCAGGAGACCGGCGAGAGCGAGCUCGCCAAGUUCUACUCGGGGCUCAAUGUCCUCGUUACCGGGCCCAGCGACAUGCUGGGCAAGUGCCUCGUCGAGAAGCUCCUCUUCGACUGCAGCGACCUCAACACCAUCUACCUGCUGGUGAGGACCAAGCGAGGCGAGGAUUUCCACGAAAAGUGUAAACAGUUUUUCGGCGACGACGUUUUCUCGAGACUGCGGAGAAGCCAACCGGACUUUCGAAAGAAAAUCAAGGCGGUGAAAGGCGAUCUGAGCUUGGACAAGCUCGGCCUCGGCGACGAGGAUUACGAGCUGCUGAGGGAGAACGUCGACAUCAUCCUGCACAACGGGGCGGACACGCGGCUCAACGGGCCGGUGCACGAGUCGCUGCGCGCGAACGUGCUCGGCACCCAGCGCAUGCUCGACCUGGCCGCUGGCUGCAAGCACCUCAAGCUCUUCGUGCAGGUGUCGUCGGCCUACGCCCACUGUCCGUGGCGCGUCGUCGAGGAGGUCUUCUACCCGGCGCCGGCCGACACGCGGGCCGUCGAGGACAUGAUCGCCGCCGACAGCGAGACCGCCAGCGGACUGACCAGGGACGCCCUCGACAUGCUGCUCGGCGACUGGCCCAACGUCUUCGUCUUCGGCAAGGCCAUCGCCGAGGAUCUCGUGCAGAGACACGCCCUGCGAGCCCCCUACACCUGUUGCGUCUUCAGACCCAGUCUCGUGAUCUCGACGUACAAGGAACCGAUACCCGGCUGGUGCGACCACAACAACGGGCCGGCCUCGUUUUUCCUCAAAAUUGCCAAAGGCGCCAUCCACGUGGUCUAUCAAUCCGAGUACCCACUGGAUCUGGUGCCGGCCGACCUCUGCGCCAACGCCCUACUGGUCUCUGCUUGGGAUGCUAUAGAUCGCUGGCAAACGGAGCCCGGCGCCUCUGUAUACAACUUUGGCAGCAGCACGGAAAAGCCAAUCACCAUGCGACAAAUCAAAGAUAAAAUGAUGGAAGACCCGCAGGCUUUUGCGACGAGCAAUGCGAGACGCGCCCCGUACGUGAUGAUGACCGGCAACAUGAUCGUCUACUUGGUGUUGCGCUUCAUCUUCGACUACGUGCCGGCCUUUCUCAUCGACCUGCUGACUCUUCUGCACGGGCAUCCCGCUCAAGCUUGGAACCUGGUGCGCAGCUCCAUGACGGACAUGUGCCGGCUGGUGCGGCUGGCCAACGGCAACUACAGGGUGCGCGUGACCGAGAGCCUGAAAGCCUACGAGCGACUGAACGAGCGGGACCGGGCCCUGUUCUUCAGCGACGUGCGCCAGCUCGACUGGGACGACUACUUCCUCACCUACUGGCGAGGCAUAAGAGCCCACGUGCUGCGAGAGUCGACGGACGGACCCUCCUCGGCCUCGUUCGGGUGUCCCUUCGCUGCUGGCCGCGGCUCCUCCUCUUCCUCCUCUUCCUCCUCGAGUUCGGCUUGUCCGCUCGGAUGGGCCGGCUCGUCGAGUAGCUGCGGCAGGUGUCCCUGCAAGUGUCCUUGCAAGUGCGUCUGUCUGCUCGCCGCGCUGGCCUUGCUGGCCUACUACCUCGUCGGCUUGCUGUGGCGCUGAGACUCUCGACGAUCUCGAGCGAAAGACCCGCGAGACCGAUUCCAACUACUUGGACGCCGCCGCUGCCGAGCUGCUAUACUGCCCUGGAGCAGUACAUCGUCCUGCCCGGACCUUAUCGCGCAUCCUAUCGCAAACGCCGAUGCAUGGAUUAUUAUCGUAACUUUACUCGCCCGCGCAACCAUGUAAACUCUGUGCGUUCGUACGAGACAGUACGAUCGCGAUCGAUCAAUUCAAUUCAACUUGUUCCAAUAAAGCUAUUUUACGCAUUAGA